GGAUGUUACUCGAAGCGCCACCCGGCCUUUAAUCUUCCCCUUUCAGGUGACGAGAAGAGACGCUUCCUUCGCUUUUGCGCUUGCUGAGGGGGGCUGCGUGUGCGCCUGCGCUCGGUAAAGUGGGGGGAUCCUUCCGCCCAGCGGCCUAACUGCUGCGCCCUUCUCCCGCCGCCAUCUUGUUCCUCUCGCUUCAAAGCAGCGACUUCCAUCCCGCCCUGAAGCGGCCGCCGGUCUUCGCCGGGAAGGAACAUGGCGUGGCCCAAGCCGGGGAGAAGCCACCGCCGCGUCCUCAGCCAUCCCCGAAAAGCCUCAGGGUGGCCGGAGCGGCCGGGCGACGCGGGGCUGAAGCGCUGAGGUGAGCAGCCCUGGGCGCGCCCGUCACCAUGGAGCCGAGCAGGGAGCGGGAGCAGGCGGCCCCUCGCUUCGGCGCUCGCCCGACUUCCUUGCCGCCGCAACCGGAGGCCGACGCGCCGUUCUCGCUGCUGCGGCUUUUCUCGCAGCUCUUGCAGCGCAUCGUGCCGGGCCAGGCUGCGCCGCUCUUCUGGCUCCAGUCCGAGGCCCACGCCACGGGGCUGCCGCCGCUGAUCGCCGUCCAGCACCAGCUGCGCCUGGUCGCCGCUUCCUCCUCCUCCACCUACGUGCUCGGCGCUGCAGACAAGGGCUCGCUGCCGGGCCCUCUGAGCGCUGCUUGGGAGGAGCUGCCCGAGCCCCGCUCCGCGCUCUCCAAGUUCCCCGAGAUCCUCCAGCAGGUGCAUCUGCGCGGGAGCAAGGCCGGGCUCGUCGCGCAGGAACCCGACGGCGGCUACCAUAGCUUGGAGGUAGAAGAGGAGCAGCAGCGGCGGGACUCCUGGGGCCGGAGAGACUCGUUGCCUGCGGAUGGCCGUGAGGAGGAAGCUCAGGAGCACCCAGGCUCCGGGGAUGCCUGCGGGCGUCCUGGUGCAGGGGAUCCGUGCGGGGAGGAGGGUCUUUCCGAGGCCCAGUCCGACUCGGACUCGGACAUAGAGCAAGAUAUCCCUGCGGUGACUAGGCCUGCCUGUCCUAACAAACUGAUCGAUUACAUCCUAGGGGGUGCUUGCAGCGGGGAGGAGAGCGAUGGAGAGGAAGGCUCGGGUGGGGAAGAGGAUGAAGACGACGACGACGACGGGUUUGACAGCGAAGGCUCCCUUUCCGAAUCCGAUGCCGCCAGCCAGGAUGGGGAAAACAUUCACUUGUGGAACUCCUUUUGUAGCCUGGAUCCUUACGAUCCUCGGAAUUUCACAGCAGCUGUUCGAACUGCUGGGAACAUACCCGAGGAAGCGCCUCCUGUUGAGUCAGAGGAGGUGGAGGAUACUUCCUCAUGGACUGAAAGUUCCUGGGAGGAAGAAGAGUGGGAGGCCAGCAGCGUGGAUGAAUCAGAAAACUUGAAAUUGUGGAACUCUUUCUGUAACGCUGAGGAUCCUUACAACCCUUUCAACUUCAAGGCAAAGUUUCAGACUGCAGAAAAGAAAGGGAAAAGUGGCUUGAAAGGGCUGUCAGGGACAGGCCUUGGACCCUCUCAAGGUAGCAUCUUACUUAGCUGUCAGGUGCACCUGAUCGAUAACAGAGACACUGAGGUUACGGAAAAUGUGAAGCAUGGUGUCCUUUCUAGAGAAAAGUGUAAGAAGAAGAAAAAGGUGACCUUCCUUGAAGAAGUUACUGAGUAUUAUGUGAACAAUGAGGAAGAUCGGAAAGGACCCUGGGAAGAAUUUGCACGUGAUGGGUGCCGGUUCCAUAAACGAAUUCAAGAAACUGAGGCUGCUAUUGGAUAUUGCUUAACAAUGGAGCACAGGCAGCGAAUAUUUAAUAGACUCCAGGAAAUGUUAUGAAAUUAUGUUUUCUAGCACCUUAAUAAAGUAUAAAAAUAAAAGAGUAAUGCAUUUUAAGGACACAAGAGCUUCUUAUUAAAAUGACAGCUGCUCACAUGAUGUAAAAGUUGGGGGGCAGUAGUUGUUUAAUGCUGCAUCUCAGUACUCUGCAACAGAUAAUGCUGUAUGUGUAUGGAUGCAGGCUCCAUUUGGUAUCAUCAGGCAUGAUUAGUGCAUAGCUGUUCCCUUCUAAAGCCAAGUGUAUCUGCUUUGGCAGAAGCCAAUCCAGAGAUGCUUCUCUCUGCAUGUGCAAAGAGUGCUCUCUCGCAUAUAAGACAGACAAAUGUAUGUGUGUGGAUUUUUUGCACUUUUUAAAAGGGGAAAUAUUUUGAAGUAUAUUUAUUGGGUUUGGAACCCAUCAAUGCAGUUCUGAUUUAAAGUUUGCAUAUUGCAGUCUAUUCUUUUUUAUUUAGAGCUUGUGUAUAAUAGAAAUGGCAAAUCUUAUAAUAGUAUAUCAUUCUUGAAUCAAACAUUACCCAUCCUAUAUGUAUGUAUUUCCCAUACAGUCUCUAAUGUUCAAAAAGACAAGAAUGAUACAUGUUUGUUACAUCUUUAGUUUUAAAGUAUUGGCUUGUUCCAAGUCAUUUGCAAGAAUCUGCCUCUCAAACUGUACCGUAUUUGUCUCUUAUGAUCAGCAACCUGAAUUUAGGCUGCUGAAAGAAGGUAACAAUAGUGUCACUCUUAAGAAUGGAUUGCUUAAAUUCUAAGACAGUUCUGCUUAUACUUCUUGGACAGUGCCCAGCUAACACAGCCUGUUAGUGCAAGGAAUUCUGCUUAUAUAAUAGGAUUUUCCCCCUCCUCCCCACCUGCACCUAAUGGCAACCCCAAAUUGCUCUGGAGGGUUGGGGGAACCCUUACAACAGAUUUUAGGGGUCAGUAUCAUUGGCACAAGUGGAAAUCCUUACACUGAUGGGACUGUGACUUAGCAUUCCUUUGACUACAACCCCAAUUCAUACAGGCACCUAUAAUCAGCUGAGCACUGUGGAAAGAAUAAAGCAAGAUGUUAAUUUGAUUAGUGUCUGCUCUAGUACACAGAUAGAUCUACGCUCAUAGUAAAUAGGAUUUAGUCAUUAACAAUUUGUAAUUCCCAUCAGCUCUGUUUACAAAAAAUCAGUAUUAAUGGAAUUGAUCAUAAUAGCAUCAUAACUGGUUGUAAGUCUAAUUCAGUCACUAAUUCUUAAAUGCAUUCAUGUGAUUUGGGAUGCAUCACGUUUUGUAGCUAUUGGUCAAACUUUCUGUUUGUGUUACCAAGAGUUGGAUGCAUGUUUGUAUUACAAACAGUGACUUAAUGGCCUAGAUAAAAUAGCUCAGAGUCCAGAGAUUUUGGAGUAAAGCUCAGUAUGCUACUCUUAAUAGUACAACUAAAAAUAGUGCUCUGUUCCUUCUGAUUUAAAGCCACACAAACAUUAAUUGGAACCAUUUUGCCCUAUUUAUUUGCCCUGAACUUUUUCAGUUGUAAAUUCUAAUUGGAUAAGCUGUUCACUUUACAAAUACAAAUAAAAAUAAAUAUCAGUACAAUGCACAUGGAGGGAGGUGUUUCUGAUACAGAAGUGACUGAUUUUGAUAGCUUUCAUUCACAUUAUGCUUUAUUUUAGACGAUGCUUAUCUUGAAGUGGUAUUUUUAAAGCAGGUUGAGUUGUCAGCACUGGCCUGCUGUAGAAUUUCAUUAAUCAAUCUGGAUCUGCUAUGACUGCAAUACAUUUACCUGGGACUAAGUAAAGAUGAACUCUGGAUUAGGCUAAAUGAGGAGGGGGAAGGGAAUCUUUCUCUUUUAAGGGCUGCAUUCAUUUGGACGUAAUAUGUGAAUACAUGCAAGCAAUAUGUGUAGCCUCCCCCUUUAAUCUAGCAAAGUGCAUCUCCCAUCUCCCUGUGUUCAGCUCAUUACAAAGUGGCAGGGUCAUCUUUCUAGAUUAGUGAUUACACUGAAAAUAGAAUAUCUUCCCAAUUAUUGUUUUUUACUAGUCAUCUGCAGACUACUGAGUAGAAAGGAGAUUCUGGUUCUCAAUUUGAAGCCAUCAAAACAGGACAGCAGACUUCCUGAAAUAGAAUUAGUCCAUUCUCUUUCUGUAGAAACAUUUAAUGGUGCUAAAUGUGGCAAUGAAGUAUGUCUUUCAGCUCGUUUUUUUUCUGAGCAGCAAGUCAUGAAAACCCGCUACUUCUAAAACUUUAAAUCAAAACCGUAAUUGAUCAGAAUUUUAUUUUUAUAUUGUUUUAGGAAGGCAAAGUUAAGAGCCAGAUAACCUUUCACUUUAUACAGAUUUAAGUGAAUUUGAUUGUGUAUCAUUGGGAUUUUAUAUUUAAAGUUAUAUUUCUGUAUAUAAUAAAACAAUUUCCAACUAAUCUGUAAAAGUAAUAAAUACUUUGCAAGCUACUUUCCUAUUGUUUGGACUAUUGAUACAUAGCUCCUGUAAUGGAAGAAUGGGGGAACUGGUGGUUUCAGAGCUGUGCAGUGUUAUUGUGCAUUGUCUUUGGGAAAACACUUAUAUACUAUACAAUAUACUAUAUAAAAAUAGUAUUUGGGAAUCGGCACAACAGCUUAUUUAGUAUUAAACAAGGGCUGGUUGAUAAUGUGUUAUUAAGAUUGGUUCUUUUCCCCCCUCCCUCCCGCCAAUUGAUUGGUUGUGUAGGACCUUCAGCUAGGCCUUGCUUUCCCUGUGCAUAUAUCCCAACUGCCUUUAACAUGGCUUUAAGAUAGAUAAGUGAGAUAACAAUGUGUCCUCUCCUCUGACUCUCUUCCUAGGCAUGCCACUUUCAAUACCAUGUUGUUCACACUUCUCCUCUCCACUAACCUGCUCAUCUCUGAUCAUAUCAAAGAAGAAGCAGUUCAGUCUCCUUGUGGCAGUCAAGUUGUGAGCACUGCCUCUGAAGAGGUGGGGAAAACAAUGAAUCUGCUAGUUAAACCAAAUGAAAUGCUACAAAAUGUGCCAAUAACUCUAUAAGUCCUCUAGAAGGCACGUUAAACUUAGAACCAGUUUGGUACAGUGGUCCAAGUGUCGAGACUUGGAGCUGGGAGAGCAGGGUUCCAAUCCCCACUCGGUCACUGGGUGACCUUGAGCCAGUCACUGCCUCUCAGCCUAACCUACCUCACUGGGAUUGUGAGGAUAAAAGGAGGGGUGAGUGGGAGACACAUAUACGCCUUCUUGAGCUACUUAGAGGAAAGGUUUCCCUGGCCACUCUGGGCAGCUUCCAACAAUAUUGAAAUACAAUAGUGCGUCAAACAUUAAAGGCUUCCCUAAACAGGGCUGCAUUCAGAUGUCUUCUAAAAGUCUGGUAGUUGAUGUUCUCUUUGACCUCUUGUGGGAGGGCGUUCCACAGGGCGGGUGCCACUACUGAGAAGGCCCUCUGCCUGGUUCCCUGUAACUUGGCUUCUCGCAGCGAGGGAACUGCCAGAAGGCCCUUGGCGCUGGACCUCAGGGUCUGGGUGGAACAAUGGGGGUGGAGACGCUCCUUCAGGUAUACAGGACCAAGGCCGUUUAGGGCUUUAAAGGUCAGCACCAACACUUUGAAUUGUGCCUGGAAACGUACUGGGAGCCAAUGUAGGUCUUUCAAGAUGAGUGUUAUAUGGUCUCGGCGGCCACUCCCAGUCACCAGUCUAGCUGCCGCAUUCUGGAUUAGUUGUACAGUAGUUGUAAUUUGUGAAAAGGCCCAAGAUGCUGAAAAACUGGAAUGGCAGGAUAUAAGGACCAAGGAAGGGAAUGGGUUAAUCCAAUCUAUGUUCAUCACAAGCCUUCAUAAAGCAUGAUCUCAAGGGAAUAAAAACACCAUGCACACACAGCAUUGUAAGGCUGAAAGCUGGAUUUGGUGAGGUUUGUGUAUCUAAGGGAGAAAAUGGCUAUGUCCACAAGGUGGCAAUGACCACCUUUUAGUGAUAAAAUCCAGUGCUGCUGCUCUCCCUAGAGAGGUUCACCUGGCACCUUUAGGUGUCAGGUGAAAAUGUUCCUCUUAAAGAAGGCCUUUAGCUGAUUACCAUCCAAUACGCUUUUAAAUGUGUUGUGGGAGUGGGGAAUUUAUCAUUUUGCAAUUCCUAUGAUGUUGCUGAGAAAGGCAGAAGCCAAAAUCUUUAACUAAACAAUUGCAAAUCUGUCUCUGUGUGGUCAUUCACAUAUAAAUAUUCAUGGUUUUUUAAAAACAAGCUGAUUUUUAUUGUUUUCCAAUAAACAUUAACAUCAAAUUUCAGUUAAACAACAGCAACAUCAAACACUAAGAAGAGUAAUGUUCAGUUCAUUCAUGAGCUCCAGAAAUAUUCCGACAACCAUGGACGUAGCUUUGUGCAUCAACAUUUCCACACAGUGAUGGAUUUAAGUCAUUAGGAAUUAUAUUUCUGAUGAUGCCACAACAUGUCUUGCUGGGAGCAGUGACUAAGUACUAUGUAUACCCUACCUACCAGCCAGAACACAGAACAUUAACCCAUUGUUUCCUAUGCUAACUUGGAGGUGGACUUUUUCACUGGUAGCACCAGGGUGGUGGAAUGGUCUCCCUGCUGAAAUAUGAGAAGUCCCAUCAGAAUUGGCAUUGUGCUGGCUCUGGAAGACACACCUGUUUAGAUAAGCAUUCCUCUGAUUGCCUGACUUGAACCUCCUGUUUUAAUUGCUGUUUUAAUUUUUUAAUUGUUGUGUUGUUUAAAUGGUGCUGUUAUAUUGCAUAUUUUAGUUGUGCAUGGCUAUUUUUAUGUUUUGAUUGCUUCAUUUGGCAUUUUAAGUUUUGUGUGCUCAUAUUUUUUGUAACUGGUUUUAUGCUUGUACGUAAACUGCUUAGAAGCCUCUUUGACAGUUAUGUGAUAUAUUAAUUAACAAAUAACAACAGCACAGUUGGGCCCAGCAAUAUGACUGCAUUUGCUCCAGUCCUUCAGAAGAGUUGCCUUGUACAGAACUGGUGCAGCAGAGAAAAUAACAGAAUCAAUAGGUAACGCUUGUCACCACCUUAUCUAAAACUUCUCCAGCUGCAUCAUCAAAGCCCUACAGCUGUACUCUUAAAUGACCCUCCCUUUCACAGGUUUUGCUUAAAGACAAGUCCCUCCCUCCCCCACUUACUUGCACAUGGGUCACUAACUGGAAAUGCAAAACCAGGAACAAGCCCUGCAACUAACUCCAUCCCCUGCCUUUACUUGAAAAAUACUACCACAGGACCUGCAGCAACAAUGGCUCCUU